AUGGCCAUCUUCCAGGAGACCGAUGGCGUUAAGGGUGUCAACCGCACCGAGAAAGCUGACGGCGCGCAGCAUGCAGACGCCAUCCAAAAGUCUGCUGUCCUUCACCGUGACCUUCGCCAUAAUUUUCUCGAGUUAUCCAAAGGUGAAGGCCACUAUCUCGUCCUGAACGAUGGUCGAAGGAUUUUCGAUGCCUCGGGCGGUGCGGCUGUUGCAUGUCAUGGAAACGACAAGGUCAACCAGGCCAUGGUAGACCAGAUCAGCAAGGUGAGCUAUUGCGCAUCAGCCUUCUUCAAGACGCCUAUCGUGGAGGAGGCUGCAAGGAUUCUGGUCGACAGUACCGAUGGAAACAUGACACGAGUGUACUUUGUCCAGUCUGGAUCUGAGGCUAUGGAGGCGGCGAUGAAACUGGCUCGUCAGUACUACCUCGAGAAGGAGAUGCCUGAGCCCCAGAGGGUCCGCUUCAUCGCUCGAGAGCAGUCUUAUCAUGGAACGACGCUCGGGUCCCUCGCCAUGGGUGGGCAUGUGGCUCGACGGGCUAAGUUUGAGCCCAUACUCAUGAACAAUAUCUCGAAGGUCUCGCCGUGCUUCUCGUAUCGAGGCAAGGUCAAGAAUGAGACCGACGAGCAGUACGUCCAGAGGCUGGCUGCUGAGCUCGACAGUGAAUUUCAAAGGGUCGACCCCAAGACAGUCUGCGCCUUCGUCGCCGAACCAGUCGUUGGUGCUGCUCUGGGGUGCGUGCCAGCCGUCCCCGGCUACUUCAGAGCCGUACAGGCGGUUUGCCGCAAGUAUGGUGCUCUUCUAAUUUUGGAUGAGGUCAUGUCCGGAAUGGGUCGUACCGGGAGCUACCAUGCCUGGCAGCAGGAAGGAAUCAUCCCUGAUAUUCAGACUCUCGGAAAGGGGCUAGGUGGAGGAUAUCAGCCCGUGGCUGCAGUUCUCAUCCACAAGGACAUCGUGGAGACACUCCAGAAAGGCACUGCGGCUUUCAUGCAUGGUCACACGUACCAGGCACACGCUGUUGGCUGCGCCGCGGCAGUGGCUGUCCAGAAGAUCAUCCAAGAGGAUAACCUCAUCAUGAAUGUUCGUACCAUGGGGCAACUUCUCGAGAGGAGGCUGAACGAGAGCAUUGGCGGCCACCCCAAUGUAGGCAAUAUCAGGGGCCGCGGCUUGUUCUGGGCUGUCGAAUUCGUCGAGGACAAACUGACAAAGGCACCUUUCUCUGCAAGCGAGCGAGUGGCAGCGAACCUCAACAAUCUCGGGUUGACGGCGCCCUACUCAAUCGUGGUAUACCCGGGCAGUGGUACUGCCGACGGGCUCUCCGGAGACCACAUCAUUCUCGCACCUCCGUAUACCGUGACUGCUGUUGAGGUCGAGGACCUUGUCCAGACGUUCAAGAGCUUGGUCGAGGACUUCUUUGCAGCUCGGUCGGUCUCCAGUGGACACUCGGGCUGA